GAAGAGAGAGGAAUUUCCGCCUAAUCUCUCCCCCAAUCCUUUCCAUUCUCUCUCAUUGUCUGUCUGCGAUUGCAGCUGACCUCCAUCAUCAUCAUAUAUAUCUUAUAUAUAUAUAUUCAUUCUAAACUAAAAGGGAUUCAUCUCUCUCUCUCUCCCUCCAUCCCUCUCACUUCACUUACAAUUUCAUCUUCUUCUUCUUAUACUAUAUAUAUAUAGCUUUCAUCUUGCUCUUCAUUUAAUAAUUCAUUAUUAUUGUCCUUAAAUUGAUAAAUAAUAAAUGGCGUUGAUAGACACGCCGGAGAUCGGAGAAACCACGGCACGCGGCGAAAUACGACGGCGAACGAUCGUCAAUUCCGAUGCAAGUGGAGCCGGAAUGGAAUUGUAUGAUACGUCGUCGUCGUCCUCGAAAUCGAAUUCGGAUGGUGAGAUUCUGAAUAAUAAUAGUAGUAGUGGUAAUAAGAAGAAGGCGGCGGUGCAUUAUGCUUAUCGUGCGUGUACACCUGCUCACCGUAAAAUUAGAGAGUCUCCUCUUAGCUCUGACGCUAUCUUCAAACAGAGUCAUGCAGGUCUCUUCAACCUUUGCAUAGUGGUGCUUGUUGCAGUAAAUAGUAGGCUCAUCAUUGAGAAUCUGAUGAAGUAUGGGUUAUUGAUCAAUUCCAAUUUUUGGUUCAGUUCAAGAUCCUUGAGAGAUUGGCCACUUUUGAUGUGCUGCCUUUCUCUUAUUCUAUUCCCUCUUGCUGCUUAUAUUGUUGAAAAAUUGGCAUGGCAAAAACGGAUAUCGAAUCCUGUUGUAAUCACUCUCCAUGUUAUAACGACUUUAACUGCAAUACUAUAUCCAGUUUUCAUGAUUCUGAGGUUUGAUUCAGCGGUCUUAUCAGGUGUGUCAUUGAUGCUGUGUGCUUGCAUUAAUUGGUUAAAGUUGGUAUCCUUUGUGCACACAAAUUACGAUAUGCGGUCGCUUGUAAACUCAAAUGAUAAGGGGGACGUGGAUUCCAAAUCUUCAGAUAUGGAGUAUUUUAGUGACGUCAACUUCAAAAGCUUGGUUUAUUUCAUUCUUGCUCCUACAUUGUGUUACCAGAUAAGCUAUCCUCGCACUGCAUUUAUUCGAAAGGGUUGGGUGUUACGUCAACUGAUCAAGCUAGUAAUAUUUACAGGGUUUAUGGGAUUCAUCAUUGAACAGUAUAUCAAUCCAAUUGUCAAAAACUCUAGACAUCCAUUAAAAGGAGACAUUCUAUAUGCUAUUGAGCGGGUGUUAAAGCUUUCAGUUCCAAAUCUAUACGUUUGGCUCUGUAUGUUCUACUGCUUUUUUCACCUUUGGUUAAAUAUACUUGCGGAGCUUCUUCGAUUCGGGGAUCGCGAGUUUUAUAAAGAUUGGUGGAAUGCCCAAACCGUUGAAGAGUAUUGGAGACUUUGGAAUAUGCCGGUUCAUAAAUGGAUUGUAAGGCAUCUCUAUUUUCCAUGCUUGCGUAAUGGGAUACCCAAGGGUGCUGCCAUUUUGGUUGCAUUUUUCAUGUCUGCUGUGUUCCAUGAGCUUUGCAUUGCUGUUCCCUGUCGUAUCUUCAAGUUUUGGGCCUUCAUAGGGAUCAUGUUUCAGGUUCCAUUGGUCUUACUCACCAGUUACUUGCAGAACAAGUUCCAAAACUCAAUGGUGGGAAAUAUCAUCUUCUGGUGCUUCUUUAGCAUUCUUGGUCAACCCAUGUGUGUAUUACUCUAUUACCAUGAUGUCAUGAAUCAAAAGGUCAAUAACAGAUAAACUCCCCCACAGAAAAGACCAUUUUUAAGUUCUAACAGAUUUUAGGGCGUAAUUGGCAGUUUUGUAGGAAGUUUGAUGAUGUAAAAGCAUAUCAUCGAUCAUGUUCGGUGUUUUUUUGACGCUCAUGGUGUUAAUAUCCAACAAUUAGAUAUUAGCUAUAACAAUCAACUGUCAUCACUCAUCAGGUCUUGUAUUUCCCAAACAUGUUAAUAGUAAUUCCCCUUUGUAUUGGCUUCACAUGAUCA